AGGCUGGCUUAAAAACUUCUUGGAAGGAGAAGGAGAGAUCUUUGUUACAAACUUCCGUCCCUCCUCCUGCUUCUGUUCCCUUACCCUCUGCCCCCUGCAGAGUUGUGUUUUCUGGGAAUCAGCAAGUAAGAUCACAAGUGGUCUUUUCUUUUUUCACUCUCUCCCAUAAAGAAAGCCUUAUCACGUGCGGCCUUAAACUUGCAGCAAAUUGCAAAGAAAUGGCUCAAAGGCAUCAGCUCUUUCUGUGCCCCGGGAGCUGAGAUGCACGUCAGUGGCUUUGCCAGCGUGGCCUGUUCCCUGCAGACUGCCAGAGAAAAGAGGCCAGGAGGAAAGAGAAAAGAGAAGAGAUUGGCCAAGGGUGAGACCAUGCCCUACAUCUUUUCUUUCCCCUGAUCUGCUCUGUGUCCAACCAGGCUCUCCCCACCUGAUAAAACUGCUCAAAGCUGCGGUAGGAUCCACCUGAUUCCUCUUUCAGUCUGUGGAGUGUGGUCCAGCCUCUUGCUGGGCACACUGAGAGGAACUGGCUGUCUGAUCUCCACCUCCAGAUCAGAGUCAAGGAAUGUUUUCAUAAUGGACACUUCAUCCAAAGAAAAUAUCCAGUUAUUCAGCAAAAAUUCAAUGCAACCUGUUGGGAGGCCUUCCUUUAAAACAGACUAUCCCUCCUCAGAGGAGAAACAACCCUGCUGUGGUGAACUAAAGGUGUUCUUGGGUGCCCUGUCUUUUGUUUACUUUGCCAAAGCACUGGCAGAAGGCUACCUGAAGAGCACCAUCACUCAGAUAGAGAGAAGGUUUGAUAUCCCUUCUUCACUGGUGGGAGUUAUUGAUGGUAGUUUUGAAAUUGGAAAUCUCUUAGUUAUAACAUUUGUUAGCUACUUUGGAGCCAAACUUCACAGGCCAAAAAUAAUUGGAGCAGGGUGCCUAAUCAUGGGCGUUGGAACAUUGCUCAUUGCAAUGCCUCAUUUCUUCAUGGAGCAGUACAGAUAUGAACGGUAUUCUCCCUUCUCCAAUUCCACUUUCAGCAUCUCUCCAUGUUUCCUGGGGUCAAACAGCCCAUUACCAAUCUCAGUUAUGGAAAAAUCACAAUCCAAAAUAAAUAAUGAAUGUGAAAUUGAUGCCGGCUCCUCCAUGUGGGCUUAUGUCUUCCUGGGGAACCUUCUUCGUGGCAUUGGAGAAACUCCCAUUCAGCCUCUAGGCAUCGCCUACCUUGAUGAUUUUGCUAAUGAGGACAAUGCGGCUUUCUAUAUUGGGUGUGUGCAGACGGUUGCAAUUAUAGGACCAAUCUUUGGCUUCCUGUUAGGCUCAUUAUGUGCCAAACUGUAUGUUGACAUUGGCUUUGUAAAUCUAGAUCAUAUAACCAUCACCCCAAAGGAUCCACAGUGGGUGGGCGCCUGGUGGCUUGGCUAUCUAAUAGCAGGAAGCAUAAGUCUGCUGGCAGCUGUGCCUUUCUGGUAUUUACCAAAGAGUCUACCAAGACCCCGGAGCAGAGAGGAUUCCAAUUCCUCCUCUGAGAAAUCGAAGUUUAUUACGGAUGGUCACACAGACUACCAAACACCUCUUGGAGAAAAAGCAAAACUCAUGGAAAUGGCAAGAGAUUUUCUUCCAUCACUGAAGAGUCUUUUUGGAAAUCCGGUGUACUUCUUAUAUUUGUGUGCAAGCACCGUUCAGUUCAAUUCCUUAUUUGGCAUGGUGACUUAUAAACCGAAGUACAUUGAGCAACAGUAUGGGCAGUCAUCCUCGAAGGCCAACUUUGUUAUCGGGCUCAUCAAUAUACCUGCAGUGGCCUUUGGAAUAUUCUCUGGGGGGAUAGUCAUGAAAAAAUUCAGAAUCAGUGUGUGUGGAGCCGCAAAGCUCUACUUGGGAUCAUCUGUCCUUGGGUACCUCCUAUUCCUUUCCCUUUUUGCAUUGGGCUGUGAAAAUUCUGAUGUGGCAGGACUAACAGUCUCCUACCAAGGAACCAAACCUGUCUCUUAUCAUGAACGAGCUCUCUUUUCAGAUUGCAACUCAAGAUGCAAAUGUUCAGAGACAAAAUGGGAACCCAUGUGUGGUGCAAAUGGAAUUACAUACGCAUCGGCUUGCCUUGCUGGUUGUCAAACCUCCACGGGGAGUGGAAAGACUACUAUAUUUAAUAACUGCACCUGUGUGGGAAUUGCCACCUCAAAAUCAGGAAAUUCCUCAGGCAUGGUGGGCAGAUGUCAAAAAGAUAAUGGAUGCCCCAAAAUGUUUCUGUAUUUCCUUGUAAUUUCAGUCAUCACAUCCUAUACUUUAUCUCUAGGUGGGAUACCUGGAUACAUAUUGCUUCUGAGGUGCAUUAAGCCACAACUUAAGUCUUUUGCCCUGGGUAUCUACACCUUAGCAGUAAGAGUUCUUGCAGGAAUCCCAGCUCCCGUAUAUUUCGGAGUUUUGAUUGAUACUUCAUGCCUCAAAUGGGGAUUUAAAAGAUGUGGAAGUAGAGGAUCCUGCAGAUUAUAUGACUCAAAUGCUUUUAGACACAUGUAUCUGGGACUAACCAUGAUCCUUGGCACAAUGUCCAUUUUCCUAAGUAUUGCAGUACUUUUCACUUUAAAGAAAAAGUAUGUUUCAAAACACAGAAGCUUCAGAACCAAGAGAGAAAGAACAAUGGUGUCUACAAGAAUCAGGAAGGAAAACUGUACGACGAGUGAUCAUUUGCUACAACCCAGCUACUGGCCAGGCAAAGAAACGCAGCUUUAGACAAAUGAUGACUUGAAGCCAUGUUUUCCAAUUUCUGGAAAUUCUGCAAGCAAGUUUUAAUCAAAAGGGUUUUAAAUGUGUAAAUUCUUUCUCCUUUCAAAAAGAUGUCUACUUUGUUUUUGAUCCUAAGUAUUAGAUAAUGUACGUGAUAACAAAUACAAUUAAUCAUGUUUCAGAAGGUGUAGAAGGUAAAGUUAAUCUUAAAUAUUUUAAUUUAUAAACCAAUUCCUUAUAUUAUUUACUCAUUCUGCUUAACUUUGCCUGUGCCCAUUGAUAUAUUAGCUGUACUCCUAGUAGAACAAUUGUCACUAUAGUUUAAUGGUUAUGUGUAAAGUAAUUUCUAAACUGAGAUACUUGCCUAGGAUAAGAGAAUACUUAAAAAAAAUUAAAUGACAUCUUGGUCUCCUUCAAAUAUCACCUUAAUGAUGAUGUUAGGAUGGAGUCAGAACAUGUAGAGGAAGAUUUUGUUUUAAGCUCCUUCUUUCUUUUGAAAUACAAUAAUUGAUAUAGAAAUGUAUAUUUGUAAAUGAUCUUGGAGGAUUCGAAUUUUGAAUUACUAACUCUUCUACCAUUACGAACUCUUCUGCAUGUAUUUUAUGUGUGAGAUUUUAAGUGACCAUAGUUGUAAAGUAAUAAAAUUAAUAUUUAAUAUGC